AUGGUUUAUGUUUCUACUAAUACCGAUUUUGCUGAUCUCAAGGAACAGGAGAAAGAGAAGAUGAACGUGCUCAAACUACAGAGGAAGUAUCCGCAAUUCGAGCAAGCGGAAAUCUUCUCUCUUCACGAUGCAUUUCGAAAGCUUGAUGUUGAAGACAGAGGAUACCUGGAUGAGGCCACUGCGAUUAAGGCAACUCAAAUGAUGGAGCAGAAGCCUUACGAUGUUGUGCGCCAAGCUUUGAAAGAGGUUGAACUGGACAGUUCCCGCCGCGUCGAACUGGAGGAUUAUGUAGAUCUCAUCUCGAGAGUUCGCUUCUCUUCCGCGCAGAAUCAAGCUGGAGGUCAAGGGUCUGCAGCAGUGAUUCCUGGAAACAUCACUGGAAAGCCCCGCCACGUAUCCAAGGGAAGUCUGGGUGGUAAAAUCCAUGUACAAGGCUCCUCUGCGAAUGUGACGCAUACUAUAAACGAAGAUGAAAGAACCGAGUUCACCAGGCAUAUCAAUGCUGUCCUUGCAGGAGACCCGGAUAUCGGCAACUCUCUACCAUUUCCCACAGAUACCUUUGAGAUGUUCGACAAAUGCAAAGAUGGCCUAGUGCUAGCAAAGCUCAUCAACGACAGUGUUCCAGACACGAUCGACGAGCGCGUCCUUAACAAGCCUGGGAAGAGGAUCAAGGAACUGAAUGCUUUCCACAUGACCGAGAAUAACAAUAUUGUGAUAAACUCGGCCAAGGGAAUAGGAUGUUCAGUGGUUAACAUAGGCAGUGGCGACAUUAUCGAAGUUCGCGAGCAUCUCAUUCUAGGUCUCAUAUGGCAGAUUAUCCGCCGAGGACUUCUGGGCAAGAUUGACAUCAAACUUCAUCCGGAGCUUUACCGGCUGCUUGAGGAAGAUGAAACAUUGGAGCAAUUUCUUCGCCUUCCGCCGGAGCAGAUCUUGCUGCGUUGGUUCAAUUAUCAUUUGAAGAAUGCAAAGUGGGAUAGAAGAGUCACGAACUUCUCAGGUGAUGUGAAAGACGGGGAGAACUACACCAUACUUCUGAAUCAGUUGGCACCAGAGACUUGUUCAAGGGAUCCUCUUCAGGUUCGGGACGUGCUUCAGCGCGCUGAACAUGUCUUGUCGAAUGCGGAAAAACUCGACUGUCGAAAGUUCCUGACCCCGUCUUCGUUAGUGGCAGGAAAUCCGAAGCUCAAUCUUGCAUUCGUGGCAAACCUGUUCAAUACUAUUCCUGGUCUCGACCCGAUCACCGAGGAAGAAAAGCUCGAGGUUGAAGACUUCGAUGCUGAAGGUGAACGAGAAGCCAGAGUUUUCACACUCUGGCUGAACUCUCUGGAUGUAAAGCCUGCAGUCAAUUCCUUAUUUGACGAUCUCCGCGAUGGCACCAUCCUGCUGCAAGCGUACGAUAAGAUUAUAACUGGCAUUGUCAACUGGAAACAUGUGAACAAGCCCUCAGUCUCCGGUGGAGAAAUGAUGCGCUUCAAGGCAGUGGAAAACACAAAUUAUGCAAUCGAGCUUGGAAAACAUAUUGGAUUCUCCCUUGUAGGUGUGCAGGGAGCUGAUAUCACAGAUGGCCAGAGGACUCUUACAUUGGGGUUAGUCUGGCAAUUGAUGCGCAAAGAUAUCACAAUUACCCUCUCUAGCCUAGCGCAACGCAUGGGCAAGCGGGAAAUGACCGAUGCGGAAAUGAUUAAGUGGGCAAAUGACAUGUCUCGCAGAGGAGGAAAAACUACGGCAAUUCGGAACUUCAAGGACCCUUCUAUUGGAUCUGGACUCUUCCUACUUGAUGUUCUCAAUGGCAUGAAGAGCAGUUAUGUGGACUAUGAGCUCGUGACGCCAGGUCGAAAUGAGGAGGAGGCUUACGCAAAUGCUAAGCUAAGUAUCAGCAUAGCACGCAAACUCGGGGCGACAAUCUGGCUAGUACCUGAAGACAUUUGUCAAGUUCGGUCUCGCCUGGUGACCACGUUCAUUGGUUCACUCAUGGCCACAUACGAGAAGAUGCAAUGA